UUUAUUUUAAAGUUUCAACCAAUUAAUGCAAAUGGUUCAUAUUUUGGUCCACCAAAUUAUUGUACAUCAUUUUUUACAAGUGGCAUAUGGAUGGGUUUAACAUCAAGUUUACUUUGUUUAGGUAUAUUAUUAUUUGGCAUUUAUCGUAUGAUGAGUAUUAAAUCGAAUGAUCGAUUUGAUGAUCCAAAAGGAAAACCCUUAAUUAUCAAAGCACAAGAAUGA